UUGAACCCUGAGGAAAUUUUUCAUGUGCCGCAUUUUGGGAUUGACUUAAAAUUGAUUAACUUUGAUUUACUUUCACAGGUGACAGAAAUCGCGUGGGUUUUUUUGGUGGCUGCGAUCUUCGCUCGUGGCUCUGAUGGAGAUAAAGGAGGAGGCGGUUACGGUGGUGGAUACGGUGGCGGUCAUAGUGUUGGCUAUGGAGGCUAUGGCGGUGGAUAUGACAGCGUUGGCUACCAUCCGGUCGUGGUCUACAAACUUGUUGGCCUUCACGGUGGUGGAAAGAAAGGCGGUGGUGGAUAUGGAUAUGGAGGAGGAAAGAAAGGCGGUCAUGGAUUUGGAUUUGGAGGAAAGAAGGGUGGUGGUGGUGGUUAUGGAUAUGGAGGUGGAAAGAAGGGUGGUGGUGGUUAUGGAUAUGGAGGUGGAAAGAAAGGUGGUGGUGGUUAUGGAUAUGGAGGUGGGAAGAAAGGUGGUGGUGGGUAUCAAAUAGUGAGCUACAGACUCUAUGGUGGUGGUGGAAAGAAGGGUGGAUUUGGAUAUGGAGGAGGGAAGAAAGGUGGCGGUGGAUAUGGAUACGGGGGAGGGAAGAAAGGUGGCUGUGGAUAUGGAUAUGGGGGAGGGAAGAAAGGUGGCGGUGGAUAUGGAUUUGGAGGGAAGAAAGGCGGAGGAUACAAAAUACUAAAGCUCGUGCCUGUCAGCGUUGGGUAUGGCGGUGGGUAUGGUGGUGGGUAUGGUGGUGGGUAUGGUGGCGGUGGAUAUGGUGGCGGUGGACAUGGUGGCGGAGGAUUUGGAGGCAACGGAGUCGGAGGGUUCGAAGAUGGAGGAUUUGGAUUCAACAGUGGAUUUGGAGGUUUCGGAUUCGGACCCGGAGGGUUUGGCAACGGUGGCAACGGGGGCAACGGUGGCAACGGUGGCAACGGUGGCAACGGGGGCAAUGGUGGCAACGGUGGCUUCGAUGGCCCGCCUAUCAUUAACAACGAUGGCUCUGAUGGCCCGCAAAUCCUUGCGGAUUAAGCAACGCCGUCUUUUUCACACCCAGAACCUCAUCACAACUUUGAUUGAGCCCCAAAUGUUCCUACUUGGACAAGGUCAGCCCAGGUUCAACAUUAGACGACCACUAACAAACGAUAUUGUAGCUUUUUCGUGAUAGAUGCGGCUCAAGCUACGGUUGUCAAUUACAUAGAGAAUGAUCGUUAUUAAAUUAAAAUAUAUUAUUACUAUUUUUGGGUAAUAAUUUUUAAGAGUAAUAUUAUCGCCCUUACUAAUUUCGAGGUAUGACGUUGAUGGAUGCAAGUGUGUGAUGAGAAAUUUGUAAAUGAACCAUUCUGAAUAGGUUAAUCAUUCUUCAUAACAAAUUUACAACCGAACCGUCGAUGUAACCUCUCGACCACGAUAUCAGUCUUCAAAAAAAUUAGAUCAGUACUCACUGCAGUGAGUGACAGAGAGCGCAUUU